AUGUUCAAGUCUCAAGAUACCACCACCUCCUCCAACACGGCUAUCGCUGCCUCUAUCGUUGCUUCGAUACUCGGCCUGCUUUAUCUACGACGGAAGCUCAUUGCCAUGCCACUCUCAGACGAUGAAAAACUAGAACGCGAUCUUCUCAACGAGUCUGAAUCGCCACUCUUGGCCAAUCACUCGCAAAGCGUUCAAGUCCGUGGACACAAGCUUCGAGUCGUCUAUAUACCAUGCACCAAGCCUGAGGCACCCUUGAUCCUAUUUAUCCAUGGUUUAGGUGGUCAGGCAUCACAAUGGGAGGCACAGCUUGAUUUCUUUGCAAAGCGCGACACAGCCAAUUUGCUUGCAGUUGAUAUGCUUGGAUGUGGGAAAAGUGAGAUUUCAACAGAGUGGGAUGCUUAUCGUACACAAUCGCUCGCCCAAGAUGUGAUUGCGGUGUUGCACAAAUAUGCAAAGGACGACGACGACGACAAGCAGCAAAUUAUGGUGGUGGGUCAUUCUUAUGGGUGUGCAGUGGCUACCUAUGUUGCAGCUUCUUCCUCGAUCAACAAUAUCACGACCUUGGUCCUGAUUGCUCCCAAAGCACAAUUGGAUGCCAAGCAACAAAAAGGCAAACAAUGGAUCCGAUACAUACCCAACUGGCUCUUUGAUCGUGGACGACGUGCGGAUCGUCGAGGUGGACUAUACAGCAAAAGCGUGAACCGGUUUCUUAAUCCAGAUGAGGAAGUAGAUGAUGGUAUUCGGAGAAGACAGCUUUUUUGGAACUUGUCAAGUCGUACACUUGUAUACAAGCGCUAUGUGUAUGGUGUAGAUCUACCCACCAGCGACAUAUACAAAAAGAUCACCGCAAAACAAGUUAAACUUAUAGGAGGAUCAAAGGACACAAUGGUACCGCCUUCAGAUAUGGAAAUCAUAAAUCGUGCUUUGGAUGACCACCAUCAAGAUCUCCCUUUGCUGGUUCAAGGAGCUGGACAUAUGCCGAUGGUUACACAUGCCAACCAAAUCAAUAUGACGCUUACAACACUUGGCCAUCCCUAUUUCUCGUGUUAA